AUGGCCGCCGCCGCCGCGUUGAACUCUGAUGAGGAAGACAACUAUGAGGAGUACAUCCCAGUUGCCAAGCGCCGGGCCAUGGAGGCCGAGCGCCUCCGCCAGCUCCGCCUCGCCAAGUCGGCGCCGAGCUCCGCCGCCUCCACCCUCCCGCUGCCGCCUCCUCCGCCUCUUUUGCCGGCGCAGGCCUCCGUUCCCGACGCCGCCGCGAAGCCCAGCCUUCUCGUCAAGGCCACGCAGCUUAAGCGCGCGGCCCCGGAGGUGACCGCCACGGAGCAGCGCAUCCAGCAGGAGAAGGAAGUGAUUGAGAAUCUAUCAGACAACAAAUCCCUCAGGUCAGUCCGCGAGAUCGCCAAGGGCAUCAUCUACACGGAACCGAUCCAGACCGGGUGGAAGCCGCCCCUCCGCCUCCGCCACAUGCCGCUCGCCAAGGCCAACGAACUCCGCCGCAAGUGGCACAUCAUCGUCGACGGUGACGAUGUCCCGCCGCCUGCGCGGGAUUUCAGGGACCUCCGCCUCCCGGAGCCCAUGCUCCGGAAGCUGCGCGAGAGGGUAUCGUCCAGCCCACGCCCAUCCAGGUGCAGGGGCUGCCCGUUGUGCUCUCUGGGCGUGACAUGA